AUGCGGCCGCUGACGGAGGCGGAGACGCGGGCGGUGUUCGAGAAGCUGGGGAGAUACAUCGGUGAGAACAUCCAGCUGCUGGUGGACCGGCCCGAUGGCACGUACUGCUUCCGCCUGCACCGAGACCGUGUCUACUACCUGAGUGAGAAGCUGCUGAAGGUGGCUGCGAGCAUCCCACGGGAGAGCCUGGUGUCACUGGGCACCUGCUUCGGGAAGUUCACCAAGUCACAGAAGUUCCGGCUCAGUGUCACAGCCCUGGACUUUCUGGCACCCUAUGCCAAGUACAAGGUGUGGGUAAAGCCUGGCUCGGAGCAGUCCUUCCUCUAUGGCAACCAUGUCCUGAAGUCAGGCCUGGGCCGCAUCACAGAGAACACAGCCCAGUACCAGGGUGUGGUGGUGUACUCCAUGGCUGAUGUUCCACUGGGUUUUGGAGUGGCUGCCAAGUCCACACAGGAGUGCCGGAAGGUGGACCCCAUGGCCAUUGUGGUGUUCCACCAGGCUGAUGUUGGAGAAUAUGUCCGGAAUGAGGACACACUGACCUAAGGGACCUCCAGGCUUCUGAAGACAGGAGUGUUCCUGGGCAGAAUGGACCUCAUUCAGCACCAUCAGUGCAGCAGCAUUACAGGGAACUACAGGGAGCCCACCUCAAACAGGGAGGAGAGGCUGGGAGCUGCCAGUAGGCACACCCAUGUUCCUGGGGGGGCUACUGCCAAUAGGAGGAGGCGCUAACCUUGUCCCCCACCACAUAA